AUGCACCCGCCUUGGUGGCUUCUUCUCGAAAAGCCGGAAUAUUGGCCUAUAGACCUCGACGACUGGUGCACACAAUAUGAUAAACGACUCGAAACAUUUCUUCAAGCUAUGAACGAUUGCGAGGAUGAGGCAAUCCGCGCUGGUCAACUUCUAGAGAGUCAGCGUCUCUCUGGCCCAAUGCGAGACAGUUGGAAGAGCGGCAACUUCUGGGUCAUGUAUGCCGCACGGAAUAAUUUUGCCUUUGACUCAAUCUAUUGGCAGAAGAUUGACCGGCGAUUCUUUGGACCGACUCAAAGCUACGAUCCUGACAAUGCCUAG